AUGCAGGGUUUCAACGGAUACCCUGGGCUUCCUGGUUUGGGAGGCAACACGGGGCCAAAGGGCUUCAGUGGAGACCCUGGCAUGAAGGGAGACUCGGUAUUUGAACUCUACAAUGUCACAGGUGCUCCUGGUGACCCGGGCCUGCAUGGCCCACCAGGAAAACCAGGAGAUACAGGAUCAAUCGGCAUGCCAGGACAUCGAGGGCGGCCCGGUCAGUCCUACCUAGGUUUACCAGGCAACCUAGGAAGCCCUGGGCCAGAGGGGGAAAAAGGCGUGAAGGGGAACCCAGGAAGAGCCUGUCCAACCAAAGGAGAGCCAGGAAUGAAAGGUCUCCCAGGACCCAAUGGGCUCAGGGGCCCACCUGGGCGCCCAGGGCCCGGCUGCCACCCUGGGGGCCCUGGCAUACCCGGACCACCAGGAGAUCCUGGGAGAUGCGGUGAGCGAGGGAGGAAGGGAAACAAAGGCUACCCUGGGGAAUGCCAAUGUGACGGCCCUUGUCUUCAAGUGCCAGGUCCUGCAGGCCCUAUAGGCCCUCCUGGACCCCCGGGCGCCAACGGUCAAUAUGGAGAAUGGGGAGACAGGGGUGACCCAGGGAAUGAGGGGCUGCAAGGGCCACCCAGCAAAGCCCUUAAGCCCAGCUGCUCCAUUGACACUGGAUGCUUGCGGACUCCGUGCCAUGAGCCCAAAACGGUGGUGUCUCAUGGAGGGGCGUUUCAAGUCACUUCACUCUUUAGUGAUUUGUUUCAUGUGCAGGGGUUUCCAGGACUGCCUGGCAGCCCAGGGUUAAAGGGCCAGAAAGGCAGCCCCUACACUGCAGCAGUUAAAGGUAUAAAGGGUGACCAGGGCUUUCCUGGCUCUUUAGGCCUUCAAGGCCUGAUGGGAUGGGAUGGGAUACCUGGUGCCCAAGGUGUCCCUGGCGAUCGUGGGCCAUCGGGGGACACUUAUGCAGAAUUUCCGGGUGAUCCAGGGAACGUGGGUGUCGAAGGACCCAAGGGUCCACCAGGUCCUAUGGGCCCCCCUGGUAAUGGACUCAAGGGGCCGAUUGGGCCACAAGGGCUCCCGGGUGACCAGGGUCGUCCAGGUCGGCCAGGGCCACCUGGUCUUAAAGGUCCUCCAGGUGAGGUACUGCCAUGUAUACUUACCCAGCCCGGCGCUCCUGGGGCCAAGGGAAUGAUGGGAAACCCAGGGAGCCCAGGAGAUCCAGGACGUCCUGGUAUUAAGGGAAUGCCAGGUUAUGAUGGGCCUAAGGGACAGAAAGGAGAUAUGGGGGAGCAAACACAAAAUGGACCUAAAGGGGUUCCAGGACCCCCGGGUGACCCUGGAGAAAGGGGCUUUGAUGGACCCAGCCUUGAUGGCUUCCCUGGCCCACGAGGCCCAGAUGGCCUGCCUGGACUGAAGGGGGUGACCGGGAUGGCAGUGCCUGGAGGGCCAGGAGGACCUUCUGGAGCACAGGGACACAAAGGAGUACAGGGAGAACAAGGAGAGCCAGGCCCUCCAGGGCCCAAAGGAACCAUGGGUCUGCCUGGACUGGAUGGGUUGAAGGGGCAGAAGGGUGAAAAGGGAGCAAGAGGUUCAAAUAUGGCAGGUCUUCCAGAGCCCCCAGGAUCCCCAGGUGUCAAGGGACCUAUAGGCAGGCAGGGGCCUCCAGGGGCUGCGUAUCAAGGCUCAAAAGGCCAGCGGGGCCCAUAUGGACAGCCAGGUGACCCAGGGUACCCUGGGCAAUCAGGGUCUCCCGGGCUGAAAGGAAAUGCAGGCCCCCCCGGUCUUCCUGGACCCCCUGGGGACCCAGGUUUGCCAGGUCUCAAAGGUGAUAGAGGACCGCACGGGAUAAUGGGUGAUCGGGGUCCACCUGGCCCCAUAGGACAACCUGGGCGUCCAGGGCUCAAGGGAGCCAAAGGAAUGGCUGGAGAAAGAGGUCCCACUGGGCCCCCUCCAAUCCCACACAAAGGGCCCCCAGGUGACCCAGGGCAUAUGGGUCCUCCAGGUCCCCCAGGUCCUCCUGGCUUACAAGGAAACCCUGGAACACAGGGAAGGAAGGGCGAACCAGGGCCAUUAGGGCUCCCAGGGCCAGACGGCCCCUCUGGGCCCCCAGGAGUUCCAGGUGACAUGGGUGUUCCGGGGGAUCAAGGUGCUAUUGGUCUACAGGGUCCUUCUGGUUCCCAAGGAGAACCAGGGCCACCGGGGCCUUGUAGGAAUUAUUACGCUAGUUAUCCACUAGUGAUACACAGCCAAUCAAAUGCAGUUCCAGCCUGUCCAUUAGGAAUGGCCCCUCUCUGGAGUGGCUACAGUCUGCUCCACUUCGAGCGUCAGGAGAAAGCACACUUACAGGAUCUAGGCAAAGCUGGGUCAUGUUUAAGAGUAUUCAGCACCAUGCCAUUCGUUUACUGCGAUGCUGCUACGUGCAGCUAUGCCAGCCACAACGACAAAUCCUACUGGCUGGCAUCCGCCACGCCCGUGGCCACGAUACUGGUGUCAGGCCCCGAGAUUGCGAACUACAUAAGCCGCUGUGUGGUGUGCGAGGUUGAGACUCCUGCCGUCGCCGUUCACAGCCAGGACAUGUCCACACCACUCUGCCACAAAGGCUGGAGGAGUCUCUGGAUGGGAUACUCUUUUCUUAUGCACACGGGGGCUGGUGACGCGGGGGGUGGUCCAUCCUUGGCCUCAUCGGGAAGCUGCCUCAAGGAUUUCCUCAGCCAACCGGUCAUUGAAUGCCAGGGUCCACGGGGAACCUGCCACUAUUUUUCUAAACUUUACAGUUUCUGGCUAGCUCAUGCGGAUAUAGCUGAGCAGUUCAUCUCUGCCCCCUCAUCAGCUAUACUCAAGGAGGAGUGGCAACAGCGUCGACGAGUCAGCCGGUGCAAUGUCUGCAUUAAGGAGUGA